CGAGGAAAAAAAAGAAAACGAAAACGAAAAAAAGAAUUCUUUCCAAGAACGAAAAUCAAAUUAUAUUAUUGAACAGGAAACUAUGAAUGUGAAUUUCAACAACAGUCAUGUCAAUUCUAUUUAUAAAUUAUAAUCAUUACACAAACCAUUAACGUUUUGUUUUCGGUUUUGAUCGAUUGUGAAAAAAAUGGACAAUCUUAAUGAUCGAUUUAAAGAAAUGUUUGAAAUGAUUGGCACAUCCUUGUCGAAUAUAAUGUUAACAUCUGAAGUCACAGUACAAGCAACACCAGCACCAUCACCAUCAUUAUCUAAUCGUUCAGCAACAUCACUUAGAUCACGUUCUCGAAUGCAAUUAAUAAAUCCACGUACAAAAAGUAAACGUCAUCAUCAUCAUCAUCAUCAUCAAACGGAAAAAUCGACAAAAAGUCGUCGUACACGUGAUACUAAUAAUAAUACAAAUUAUUCAUUACCAUUUGCAAGUGGAUUAAAUUCAAUGGAACAACAAUCGGCAACGGUUAAUCGUCUUUAUAGUUGUGCCGUAUUCUUUAUUCAUUGUAUACAACAUCGAAAAGUUGCCAUUACCAAACCAUCUAUACGACAAGCGGCAUGGAUGCCAUUUAUGCCGAUGCCAACAAAUAAAAGUUGGAAUGAAGGUGGCCUUGCCGGCUUAUUGAUCGUUCUAUCCAAUGGUGAUAUGGAUACAUUUGUGCAGCUAAAAAAUCGACCACCAUUCCAAGAUCGUUGGAUCAUUGAAGUGGCCGCUAUACAAUUACCACAAACAUUAGAACUAAUCAAUCGUAUUACAUGGAUGAUAAAAUUGGAUCCGAAAUCAAAUUUUCAUUGCUGUCAAGAUAAUGAUAUAUUGAUGUGGGUGGAUGAAAAAAUACUUGAUUCCGGUACAUUGGAUUAUAUGUGGGGACCAGAAUUGAUUGAUUUCUAUCGAUUACAUAUACAAUCAUCUUCAAUACAAUUACAACAACAACAACAGCAACAUGUCGAUGAUAAUAGUGAUAAAUCAAAAUCAUAUUGGUGUAGCCUAAGUACAACGACUGGUCGUAAAAGUAGUUUUAUCGAAUACACUCUAGAUUUGGCAUUUCAAUUCUUGCCACGUAAUCCACCACGUACCGAUGAAGAAGCAAUGUUAUUGAGUUCAAAUCUAUCAGAAAAAGAUAUUGAACGUUUAUAUAGUGAUUUUCUUGACCAUUGUUUUCCAUCAAUGUCAAUGGCAUUUCAUUCAUUUCGUGUUUAUAUGACAAAAUAUGGAUUUCAAUUUGAAGAUGAACGUCUCACUCAUCUGUUUAUGGCAUUCAAUUACAAUUGUAAUGGAUCCAUAACAUUUCCAGAAUUAUUGAUGGGCCUUGCAUGUAUUGAUUGUCAUUCAAUUCAUAAUGAAGUACGUGCAAAAUUUGUAAUGCGCUAUUAUGAUGUGAAUAAACGAAACUAUUUAACACGUGAAGAUAUCCGUCAAAUGCUUAUCGUUAUACAUCCGAAAUUGAAACGUGAAGAAAUUGAUUGUAAAUUAGCGGAAACAUUGCAAGUAAUGGAACCAAAUAUGUUGGAUGUGAAUCGAAUUUCCUAUAAAGCAUUUGUUGUUGCUGUUGGUAGUCAUCGAUUUCGUGGUACAUCCAAAUUAUGUCGUGCUGAUCGACCAGUAUUCCAGAUGAUUACAAACAUUAUAUUUACACGCCGUAAAAAACGUAGUGGUCGUGAAUUCAAAUGGUCAUCGGCAAUUGAAGAAACAUAUUCGGGUACAUGUUCGAAUUGUAAAGAAAAACAAAUAACACUUUGUGAUCAUUUAUUACGAAUCGACAAUAAUGGCUAUGUUUGUUCACGUAAUCAUUUGAAACAAAUUAAUAAUCGUCGUGGUGUUGGUGAAACACGGACAAAUUAUUCAUCAUCAUCGUCAAGUUCAAAUCGAAAACGAAAAUUUAAUUUGAAAAAUUUUUUUCGUAAAAGUGAUGACAAUGAUUUUGAAGUAUUAAAUAUUGCUUGGUCAUUGAUUCGAAAGAUAAGAGAAUUUGCACCAUUGAAAGGUGACGCUAAAAGACCAAAUGGAUUUAUGGCCGACAAUUCAAGAGAUAGUCAACAAUUAUAUGAUUGGUUUACAAUGCUAGAGAGACGAUUAAGUGAACAAUUGGAAUCAGAAAAUCGUUGUGUUAUUGUCAAUUCACCUGCAUUCAUAAUUGGUGAUAUACAUGGUAAUUUGGAUGAUCUGCUUACAUUGGAACAAUGUCUUUGGAAACAAUAUCCAGCUAUUGAUGCCAAUUUAGUAUUCCUUGGUGAUUAUGUUGAUCGUGGUCGUUGGUCAAUUGAAUGCGUCAUUUAUUUGAUGAGUAUGAAAAUUUUAAUGCCAAACAAAAUGACAUUAUUACGUGGUAAUCAUGAAGUAAGACCAUUACAAGCACAUUAUUCAUAUAGAGCUGAAUGUUUAUCAAAAUAUGGUGAUGAAAUUGGUUUGAAAAUCUGGGAAUCAACUAAUCGAUUGUUUGAUCGAUUACCAUUAUGUGCCAUUGUUGAUGAUGCUAUAUUCUGUGCACAUGGCGGUAUACCACGCAAUACAAUGGAAAUUGGUGAAAUACAACGUUUGGAUAAUUAUAUGCCGGAACCAGAACAUUCAUUUCCAAUUGCAUGGGAAAUUUUAUGGUCAGAUCCCAUACAUCAACAACAAUUUCUUGAAUUAGCAUGCCUAAUGAAUGGUGUGGAAGAUCCACGUGAAGGAUUCUUACCAAAUCGUAAACGUGGAACAGCAUUCGUAUUCAAUGAAGAUGCAGCCACUAAAUUUCUUAAAAAUAAUGGCCUUACACAUAUUGUUCGUGCACAUGAAGUGCCAACAAAUGGAUUCUUUUUUCAUUUUGAUAAAAAAUGUGCCACUGUUUUUUCCAGUUCACAUUAUUGUGGUAAUAAUAAUGAAUGUGCCGUUAUGUUGGUUGAAGGUGAUUCAAUUCGUAUAAUUCGUAUCGAUACAGCAAAUAAUCAAUCAGCAACAGAUUAAAACUAUAUAUGUGAAAUUAAAAAAAAAGAA